CGACAAGGGGUAGCCCAGUCCAAAGGGGGCUUACGGACUGAGUGAGCCUCUGCCAUUCUGUGCCGUCUGCCGCCCACUGUGCCGCCCCCAGAGGCAUUCGUAGGGAGGGAGAAGGCACUCGCAGACUUCAACGCCAUUGCGUCGACUUCUCUCCCUUUCCACCGGCAUCGCUGUCGCUGUCGUCUUGCCUCGCAUCCGCCGUGGGUCGCCGUUCUUCCUCGACACCCUGCAGCGCCUAGUCCCCUGACCUGGUGGACGCGGCUCCUCUCGUUUCUCCAGCCGAUCUCGACCGUGCAUUCGCUAGCUCGUCCAGUCUAUAGACCUCGAACCGCCAGGAACACGAGUGGAGAGGAAGCGUGUAAACCCUUUUUUUGUUUUGAUUUUUUUUAGGGCCCCUCCGUCGUCAUCCAGGUCCUCUAUCAACGGUUCGCGGGACGUGGUGGCCAUUUGCCCGCCCUCGACACAAGAUCAGACCAGAGUCGCAGCUUCCUAUUCCAGUUUUCUGACGCGCUGCCUCAUCAAACACUUGCGCAUUGAAGCGACGAUUCAGCCCAACGACAAAUACCACCCUACAACAUCAUCAGUAUUGUUGUGCCCCUCUACCCGUGGGUUAACCGCCCGCGAGUGGACGUCCAGCCACAGCCAAAUCGCCAGCCGUGCCAUAGCAGGCUGACAGCCGAGAGCUCUGUGUGCUGUCUGCCGGCACGACAAGGAAGACCCUCUGUGAUCAAGCAUCGGUUGGGCUGUGUGGGACCGCAUUGUCUGCAUCUCAGUGGUCGUUGUCCUGUCAGGCUUGGCCUCGAUCCUGCAUCAUCCUGGGGACUCGAACAGGCUGGCCGUCGUCUGGACUCGGCGCUCAAACUCACCAGCCCGUCGCCCAAGGAACCCCUCGCCAAUAGCGCAAUAGCGGCUUGCGCUAUACCCAUACAGUCCUUUGGGUGCCGUAUCCCAUAACAACUGUGAGUCUCCGAUCCUUCUGGUCAGCAUCUGCAACAACACACAAUGACUUCGAGAUCUCGAGACUUGGCUUGUUCUGCUGGUCUGAAUUGACCCGUUCCUGUUCCUCCCUUUGGCUGUGUACCCCACCAUUCACCGGUCGUUUGUGCUUGCGCUCCACGAUCCGAGUCGCCCCCGCGUCGAGCGACACAAAGAAACCCUUUGACCCCCUUUCUCUCCGAGGCCAUGUCUCUCCCCGAACGGCCCGGUGCCAGGGCCUCGUACGAGCAGCGCACCGCCUACCGGCAAUCCACUCGGCGCAGCGGGCGCCCACAUGACAUCGAGGCUGGCAGUCGUUAUGGGAAUGAGGGCACAAUGCACUCCCACGAAGUGCCCUUGUCGCCCGACCUUGAAAGUGCUGGCUUGCCUGGCGAGACAGCCAUCUCGCGGAAACGAAGCUUAGUCAAGCCGGAGCGGAACAGGAUCGGAAAAGAUCACCCAAAUUAUCACUACCGGCAGCAUGCGGCGAACAUGCAGACGAAGCCGUCGCGGACCGGCAACGACCCAGUCUACGAGGAUUUCGAAGGGACCACCUACAUGGCCACGUCCAACCGGGAGGACGCCCUCUCCGAAUCAAUCGCAUCAAAGGGCAAGAAAGGUAGCACCAGAGAUAGUGGCGAGGCUGAGAAGCCGAAACGCUCUAGGAAACGGGCAGACAGCCGGAAACAUCCCGGGAAAAUCACGAAGAGGGGCUCAAAACAUAGAAAGGAAGUGGAACAGAUACGGCCGCCGAGUCUCUGGGACAUUUACUGCGCCAUAAUCACCUUUUGGUGCCCGAAUUUCGUGCUCAAAUGCUUUGGGAAGAGGUCAAAAGACCAGGCACGGGCCUGGCGGGAGAAGAUGGGACUUCUGAGCAUCAUCGCAUUCAUCAUGGCCGUGGUCGGCUUCUUGACCUUCGGGUUCACCCGCACAGUCUGUGGCACGCCAUCCCAGCGCCUACAGGUGAACCACGUUGGCGGCGGCUACAUGAUUUUCCACGGCCAAGCAUACGACCUCUCCACGUCUCAUCAUCCGCCAGCUGAGGGCAUCCCUAGGUCGGGUAACUCAGGGGCGAAUGUCCUGUACGACCUUCCGGAGAAGCAGGGCGGAAAAGACGGGAGCUUCUUGUUCCAGAACGUGAAUGGGAAGUGCAAGGACCUGAUUACCUUGGCUGACGGUUCAGAUGUGCCCACAAACAGCAAGGGCGAGCUGGCUUGGUACUUUCCCUGCAAUACCUUCAACCAGGACGGAUCUACGCAGCCCAACCAAACAAACCCCUACUAUCUUGGCUACGCUUGUCACACCACAGCAUCCUCACGAAACACCUUCUACGCCCUGAAGCCGACUGCUGACGUUUAUUUCGACUGGGAAGACGUGAAGAAUAGCUCGCGGAAUCUUGUGGUUUACUCCGGGGACGUCCUCGAUCUGGAUCUUCUCAACUGGUUUAACUCAUCGCAAGUCUCGGUCCCCGAUCGCUUCAAGGAACUCGCCGACAGCAAGUCUCCUGCGAACGCGGCUGUGAGGGGCCGCGACGUCACUCACGCUUUCAUGAAGUCGGGUGACAAGGCGACAGCUGAGUGCCUUCAGCAGAUCAUCAAAGUUGGGUCCGUGGACUCCGACUCGGUGGGCUGCAUUGCCUCACAGGUUGUCCUGUAUCUUUCCCUUGUUCUGAUUCUGGGAGUUGUCGUCGUCCGCUUUGUCCUGGCUCUGAUCUUCCAGUGGUUCGUCAGCCGGCGAUACGCAGCGGCCAAGACGUCUCAGUCAUCGGACAGGAGGAAGCGGAACCAGCAAAUCGAAGAGUGGUCAGAGGAUAUCUACCGUGCGCCAGCACGCUUGCCAGGUGAUGUCGGAAGCAGUGUGGCAGGAGCCUCGUCUGACCGCACGAGCAAGCGUGCCAGCACGUUCAUGCCCACAACUUCGCGGUUCUCAACUGUUUACGGUGUCGACCGGAACUCGCGGAGACCUACUAUGCCCACCACGAUGGCCAGCCAGAGUUCUGGGGCUGCCCUGCUCCAUCCUACGUCCAUGUACGGUCAGGGGAAUCCCAGCCGUAACAGCUUCUUGGCCUCUGACCCGUAUGGUCCCCAGCCCAGCCCAACCGAUGGGCCCGGCCCUGCCGGCUUCAUACACGAGGCAGUUGUGCCGCAGCCCCCAUCCGACUGGAUGCCCUUUGGGUACCCUCUGGCGCACACGCUCUGCCUCGUUACUGGCUACUCUGAAGGCGAGGAAGGGAUCCGGACAACUCUCGACUCUAUCGCCAUGACAGACUACCCCAACAGCCACAAGUGUAUCCUCGUUAUUUGUGACGGUAUCAUCAAGGGCAAGGGAGAGAGCAUGUCGACACCGGACUACGUUCUGAGCAUGAUGAAGGACUUCACUAUUCUGCCCGAGGAAGUACAGCCAUUCUCAUACGUCGCUGUUGCUACGGGUUCCAAGCGACACAACAUGGCCAAGAUCUACUCUGGGUUCUAUGACUACGGUGCGAAGUCUCGAAUUCCUCUGGAAAAGCAACAACGGGUCCCGAUGAUGUUGGUGUCCAAGUGCGGUACGCCUGACGAGGCCACCAAAUCGAAACCUGGAAAUCGAGGCAAGCGUGACAGUCAGAUCAUCCUCAUGUCUUUCCUGCAAAAGGUCAUGUUUGACGAGCGGAUGACCGAGCUCGAGUACGAGAUGUUCAACGGCCUGUGGAAGAUUACUGGCAUAUCCCCCGACUUCUACGAAAUAGUAUUGAUGGUAGACGCCGAUACGAAGGUGUUUCCUGAUAGUCUCACCCACAUGGUCUCUGCCAUGGUCAAGGAUCCCGAGAUCAUGGGCUUGUGCGGCGAGACAAAGAUUGCCAACAAGCGGGACAGCUGGGUCACGGCGAUCCAGGUAUUUGAAUACUUCAUAUCGCACCACCAGGCCAAGUCCUUCGAAUCGGUUUUUGGCGGUGUCACCUGUCUGCCCGGUUGUUUCUGCAUGUACCGGAUCAAGGCUCCGAAGGGGGGUGCAAACUAUUGGGUCCCCGUCUUGGCCAACCCUGACGUGGUUGAGCAUUACUCGGAGAACGUGGUGGACACACUGCACAAGAAGAACUUGCUUCUUCUGGGCGAGGAUCGUUACCUAACAACCCUCAUGCUCCGGACGUUCCCCAAGCGGAAGCAGGUAUUUGUGCCUCAAGCAGUCUGCAAGACCACGGUGCCUGAUAAAUUCAUGGUCCUGCUGUCUCAAAGACGUCGAUGGAUCAACUCGACUAUCCACAACCUCAUGGAGCUUGUCCUAGUCAGAGAUCUCUGUGGCACCUUCUGUUUUAGUAUGCAGUUUGUGGUGUUUAUCGAGUUGAUGGGAACGCUGGUUCUGCCUGCUGCUAUUGCCUUCACGCUCUACGUCGUGAUCUCUUCUAUCAUCGGACCAGUCCAAGUUAUUCCCUUGGUUCUGCUCGCGCUGAUUCUGGGCUUGCCGGGCGUUCUGGUGGUCGUGACGGCUCAUUCAUGGACGUACAUCGUCUGGAUGAUAAUCUACCUUGUCUCCCUACCGAUCUGGAACUUCGUCUUGCCAACCUAUGCCUUCUGGAAGUUUGAUGACUUCUCAUGGGGUGACACUCGCAAGACAGCGGGUGAGGUCAAGAAGGGUGGCCACGGUGAGCAGGAGGGCGAGUUCGACAGCAGCAAGAUCACCAUGAAGCGGUGGGCCGAAUUCGAGCGCGAGCGCAGGACACGAGACCAGUACUGGGGCUCCAAGGAUAACAUCCCGGGAAACACCAGCAGCGGCUACUGGGCCGGAACGCCUUCGCCCGGCUACCACGACGAGUAUUACUCGGAUGCAUGAAAAUGCAACGAUCCAAGAGAGGAAUAGAGGUUCAUUCGUCAUUCUGGGGGGAAGCGUUACUCGUAUUGAUUAAAGACUUAAUAAUAAGGGGUUCGAAGGAGCAUGGCGGAGUGGGUGGCUCAGUCUGUGCUGUCUUGAACAGACGGGCGGAGCUACUUGUAUGUAUAUAAGAUAACGAGCACGCGCAGACUUGGGGUGUCUCUGCAACCAGGACUAGCUUUUAAUUUCAUGAACGAUAUGAUGCAAGAUUGUCUCUAGCAGCAGUAUGUCCACCGAGAAGAAACGGGGAGAAGGACCCGACUGGGCGUGUCCCCCUCUCGCACCCGACAGUCCAGUUAGGACCUUGCAGUAUGAAACAUGCAGCACGGUGGUCUCCGGCCGUCCUGCGGAAGUACCCCUGCAUUUGGGCUCUGGGACCUUUUGUGUGAGGUGAGGACUUUGACAACCAGCAUUUCGUCCCCCGUGUGAAGAGAAUGGCCGUGAAGCUCCGCCUGCCUGCAGUCCAAUGAUUGGCCCACGCCCAUCCAGGAUGGCCGAUAGAGCCAUAACCCAACCACAGCAAUGCAAUAUGCAUCCUCCUAGCCACGUCCGGCGGGCGGGCCGCUCGAGCAGUCACCGCCGAAAGGCAUGGAACGCAGGCAAUUCUUGAUCAACGAUUCUUCCCUCUGGGACGGAGAAGACAGACAAGUCAUGAGGGGAAGGGGGGCCAGGAGGAGGGGGCAGCACCACAGGUUCUCGAACAAGCAAUUACUUCUGCUGCACACUGCCGCUUUUGGAAGGCCGGGGUCGGCUAUAUUGCGCAGAUCUGGGGGGUUGGUUGGGCUGGGGUGGGCCCCAGGUGGCAUACGCCCCGUCCAUGGUUAAGGGAGGAUGCCAAUCCAAUAGAGGUGGGGGAAGAAGCAGAAGCAGCCCGAAGAGGGAAUCAAGAGACAGACAAGACAGGCGGACAGACAGAAAGAGAAAAGGAAGAGAGGAGAGAGAAGAGAGGAGAGAGAGAGUGUGAGAAGGAUCUGGGCCUCAAGGGCCAGCUGCGCACCCUCCUGACGGGCUAAGACGUUCGUGGCACGCAGGCAAUCAAGGCGUGAUGCCUGAUAGGAUCACUUUUUCCUCCCACGUUCGUGUACUGCACAUUACCUGGGGAUCACUGAUGCGAA